AUGGCCGUCCUCAAGAACAUCACCCUCGCAGCAUUGCUGCUACUCACUCCUUUCGCCACGGCUGCUCCCCGUCUAGAUGCGCGGAGUGUGUACACACAUACCGACACCGAAAUUGUUUGGGUCACGGUUGAAGAAACUACCACUGUCUGGCUUGAACCAGGCGAACCAACCCCGGCCCCGGCCCCCGUUGCUGCUGCUGAUACUACCACUGUCGUUGUUGCGGACGGCUCGACAACGUCUGCUCCCGCAGUGUUUGCCCAAACUGCGUAUGAGCCUUCGACCCUGGCGACCGUCACCGGAGCUGCUCCUGCUCCUGCUCCUCCUUCGUCGUCCUCAACUACCACUCCUCCUGCCGCUGCUGCUGUGGUGUCAUCGGCCCCGGCGUCAGUAGCUCCAUCUCCAGCUCCUGCUCCUGCUCCAUCUGCUGCGCCAGCUCCAGCGCCAGCACCAGCUCCUGCUGCUGAAUCCUCCCCUGCCGCCGCCGUUGCCCCCACCACCACCACUGCUGCUCCUUCAGCUCCUGCACCAUCACCAUCAGCAUCGACUGGAGACAGUGGAACCCAGGACAUUAGCGCCUCCACCUCGGCAACCUGCGAGGGCACCGGGGCUGCUUGUGUCGGUGAUGUGACUCAUUGGGAUGGUGGUCUUGGUGCGUGCGGCUGGAACGUCGACACAAACAGUGAUCUCGAGAUUGCUCUGCCUUACCAAUUCAUGGGCACCCAAUCGAAUGGAAACCCCUACUGCGGACGCUCCGUGACAUUGUACAACCCAACGUCGGGCACCACAGUCAAGGCCACAGUCGGCGACAAGUGUAUGGGCUGUGUCGCCCGUGCCAUUGAUUGCACCGACGCCUUGUUCAACGCCAUCACCGAUGGAACGGGUAACGGCCGCGUGAGUGGCAUUCAAUGGUGGUUUGACUAG